AGACGUAAAUAUUUCGGAAAAGAAGAGUUUUAUUAAAAUUUGUGGCGUUAUUUAUUAUAAUUGUUUAGCUGCCAAUGUCCAAGAAAAAUAGAACACGUUUAACUAAGAAACACAAGCGUAAGGAUAGACGUAAAAGAGAAAGAAAUUUGCGAAAAAUGGAGCAACCCAAUAAAUGUACUAGUACUGAUGAAAAUGCUUCUUCUAGUAACGUGGUAAAUGUUAAUUGUCAAGCCGAUCAAAGACUCUCAACUAGUCGACAUUGUAAAAAGAAAUUAUCACCGAAAAAUAAUUUCAAAAGAAGUCCUUGGAAAAAUGCUGGUGGUAAAGUGAAUAGAUUUAGAAAAAUAAUUGAUGACCAGGCAAGAAGAAUAGUUAAACGGAGUAUUCACCUAGUAAAUGAGAAUCACUCACGGAAAAUACUAACAACGAAAACAGUUUCUUCCUCAAAGGUUAAUAAACGUUUGAUCAACAACAGUAGCAGCAACAUAAAUAGGAGAAUUGUCAAACGUAAAAGUAAAGUCUCGCACUCUGUUGCUACAUUGGAAGAAGGAGAAAUACGGUCGGAAACUGAGAGAUAUGUAGCAAACGCAGCCACCGAUACAAGUAAUAAAGCUGAAGAUAGUGAUGAUGAUGACUGCAUUGUUAUCGAACCCACACUAGAAGAAAUAACGAUUACAGAUAUUGACGAUGAUGAUGAUGUACCUUCAACUAGUGAUAUAUCUACAAAUUAUCAAUCUCUAAUAAAAUCGUUUAAAGAUCGUGUUUCUUCCACACCUUGUCAUAACAAUAACUCUACGAUUAUGAAAAAUUCAAAUAAUGAUGGUGUUAAUCCUACUAACGAUGAUGUUCUACCCUUUUUUGAAGAUGUUGGCCGUAGGUCUGGUAUUGAAUCUAUUAAUUCUACAGACACAUUCAUUGACUACACAAAAUUUAGUACUUUAAAUGAAAAUUCCCAACAAAAACCACGAAAGGAAAAUACUUGUGAUAAAAUCAUUAAUAUAAGUGAUACCGGGAACGAUUCAACCUUAAAGCGUAAAUCUCUCGAUUACGAUGAUGAUUCUGUCAUUUUUAUAAGUGAGACAAAUGGAAAUGAUUUUAUUCCCAUUGUAGAUGAUCUUAUACCGCCACAUAAGAUUUUGAAAAUAAGUGAUGCUACUUCAAAACCUGUCCAAAAAUUGCGUUCGAAUCGAAUGUUGUUUACACAAAGUGAAACGAAAACAUUAAAUAAAUACAAUGAAAAUGCCUACAAUCCAGGAGAAAAUAAAGAGUUGGCCAUCGGUAAACGGAUGGUAAUUAUAGAUGGUAGUAAUGUGGCAUUCAAACAUGCUUUAGAUCAGGCAUUUUCCGUUAAAGGUUUGAAAAUUGCCAUCGAAUAUUUUGAGAGAAUGGGCCAUGAGGUUAAAGCGAUUAUUCCACAGUUUCGCAUGAAUAAAUGCAAAUCAACGGAUCCCGACGAAUUAAUGAGAUUGCACAAAGCGGGUAAAAUUGUUCAAACACCCUGUAAAAACUUGCCAGGACUUACGACUUCAAGCUAUGAUGAUAGAUUUGUUUUACAAUUAGCUUUUGAAUUGGAUGCUGCUAUAGUUUCGAAUGAUAAUUAUCGUGAUUUGUUACAUGAAAAUCCUGCAUUUAAGAAAAUCGUAGAAAAUCGUGUUAUUGGUUAUACGUGGUGCAAUGAUAUAUUUAUUUUACCAAAGGAUCCCUAUGGAAAAUGGGGUCCCUCGUUGAAAACAAUUCUUAAUCGUACCUAAAUGCAUAUCUAUACAUAUAUCAUUAAGUAUUUUUAUACUAUAAGUUUGAGAAGACAUACAGUUGCAAACAUGAAAAAAGCAGUACCACUAAUAAACAUAGUUGGGGGUAGUGCACUAAAUGUUGAUUGAAAUCAGCAUUGCACUAUCACUCACUAAAAUUGCAAAAAAUUUAGUUUGCACUAUUUUUUAUCAGCUUAUUUCUUAACUAGCACUAAAAAAAAAUAGUGAUAAUUUUUUAACUAUCACUAAACGAAGAUUUAGUGCAAAAAUCUGCACUACAAUUAAUUAGUGCAAAAUUUUAACCUGCAAUCAAAAAAAGGCUGCAUUAAACAUACUAUCACUAAAUUUUCAAAAAUGAGUAGUCAUGAAAUUGUUGAAUCCGAAUUCGAAAAAUAAAAAUUUUAAAUAUUUUUGUUAUUUUUAAUGAAAUAUUAGUCUUAAGUUUUAAAUUAGUGUACAGGAAUAAACUUAAAACAUUUUGAACUUAAAAAUUUAGUGCACAAUUUGAAGUUGCACUCAAAUUAGUGCAUAUAAAAAAGUUGCAAUAAACUGAUGAUUGCAUUUUUUUAAAUCAACUAAUUUAAUUUUGAGUGCAACAUUUUUUAACUCACUAUAACUAAUGUUUAGUGAGGCUGCUAAUUUUCAACUCAGCACUAAAUAUGAACAAAAUGAUUGCACUAAUUUUGCACUAUCACUAAGUAUUAGUGCAAACUGCAAAAUUAGUGCACUACCCCCAUCUAUGCUAAUAAAUCUGGAAACUGCUUACAACUUUAAAAUUAUAUUUUUUUAUUUCAUUGUUUUGAAAAUAGCGGAUUUCAUAUAUGACAAUCAGUUUUGUCAUCUUAAUUAUUUAAAGUUUUCAAUAUUAUAAAAAUUACUUUUUGUAAUUGAAUGAAACAUUUUUAGUAAAUAUAAUUAAUGAAUGUUUAAAAAAAAUUUUAAUUUAGUGUCACCGUAUAAUUACCUCUAUCUCAGUUAGAGCCUAGGGGGACAUUUAGAAUGCUGUAAUUUUAAUGAUACCUUGUUAGAAAGCUAUAGAUACAAGCUAUCCAAGGAUACCAAACUUAUUUCCCCAGCUCUUUCGAAUGAUUUAAUAUUUGUAUUUGUCUUCCAUAUAAUUGCGUCUAUCUCAGGCAGGGCCUUUGAAAUUGUAUUCCAUAUGGGGGGACUUUUAGAAUGCUAUAAUUUUUUUAUAUGAUUCCCGUGUACAGCUAUUCUAUUGUUUGCAACUGUAUGUAUUGUAGUAAUUUAAUUGUAAUAAUAUUUGCCCAAUUCACAAUUGAUGUCGUACUGUCGUAGCAUUGUAUGUCAUAAAUAUUUUUCAAACUAAUUUUUCGAAACAAAAACAAUAAAAAAAUUACGACAUACAACGAUACGACGCUACGGCACCAAUUGUGAAUUGGGCAAUUGUUUUAUUAAAAAUACAUCCUUUUUAUGUAGCUUAGAUAACAUUAUUUUUCGAAUGAUAUGUUUUUGUUUUUCUUUUGUUGGUUAAUUGAAUAACAAUAAAAUAUAUUAUCGUAAA